ACGAACAGACCAUAUUUUUAGUUGACUUUGCGUCAGCGUUUCAAAAUCUCACUGCCGCGUCUGCUCAGAGCAGGCAACUCUCGCGGAGCAUAGCCUCCGAGCUUCGGAGACGCAGAGGCUGCCGCCGCGCCGCCGCUUUCACAACUUUGGUAAAACUGUUGGUCCUGUUCGUUGGCGGGCGCGCAACCGACCGCCGUGCCGCCGUUGCCGUCGCUUGAAAAAUGUCUGUUGCGUUAGGCCUCUCUGCGCGGGCUUCAUCAUUCAGCGGCUAGCUAGCGCGGUAAACGCUGUAAUUCCGACCAGGCUCGCGCCGCUUGUCUCGCGGUCUUCAGCGCACCUUCGUACGUCGUCAACGGCGGCGGGAAACGGCGCCAUGUCCUCGGACGGGCUCGACGACUUGGACAGUUUGCCGGUGGCGGGAGACAUCCAGCAGAAUGGCGAAGCCGGCGGCGCGAACAAAGGAGCCAAGGGGAGGCUCUCGGUGGAGCGCAUCUACCAAAAGAAGAGUCAGCUGGAGCACAUUCUACUCCGGCCGGACACUUACAUCGGCUCGGUCGAGCCGGUGACGCAGAACAUGUGGGUCUACGACGGCGAAGAAAACGGCGGCAUGAAGAACCGCAGCAUCACGUUCGUGCCCGGCCUGUACAAGAUAUUCGACGAGAUACUGGUGAACGCCGCGGACAACAAGCAGCGGGACAAGACCAUGGACUGUAUCAAGAUCGAGAUCGACGCCGACCAGAACCGCAUCUCCGUGUGGAACAACGGCAAGGGCAUCCCCGUGGUCGAGCACAAGGUGGAGAAGAUGUUUGUGCCGACGCUCAUCUUCGGCCACUUGCUCACCUCGUCCAACUACAACGACGAGGAGAAAAAAGUCACCGGUGGCCGCAACGGCUACGGCGCCAAACUUUGCAACAUAUUCAGCACCAAGUUCACUGUGGAGACAUACUCGCGAAGCGAGAAGAAGAUCUUCAAGCAGGUAUGGGAGGACAACAUGAAAAAGACCACAGAUCCCAAGAUCCGGACGGAGCCAAAGGGCGAAGACUUCACCAAGAUCACUUUCCAGCCAGAUUUAGCCAAGUUCAAGAUGGACAAACUGGAUGCUGACACAGUUGCACUUCUCUCCCGCCGUGCUUAUGAUGUGGCUGGUUGCACGCGUGGGGUCAAGGUCUACCUCAACGGCAAGCGGCUGCCCGUGAAGGGCUUCAAGGACUACGUGCAGCUCUUCGUGAAGGACAAGGAGGACGAGGCGGGCAACCCGCUGACCGUGGUCUACGAGAGCGCCAACGACCGCUGGGAGGUGGCCGUCACGCUCAGCGAGGCUGGAGAGUUCCGCCAGAUGAGCUUUGUCAACAGCAUUGCCACAACCAAAGGUGGCAGUCAUGUCGACUACGUGGCCGAUCAGAUUGUCAAGAAGGUCCUCGAGAGUGUCAAGAAGAAGAACAAGGCGGGUGUCAAGAUCCAGAACAAGCAGAUCAAGGACCACCUGUGGGUGUUUGUCAACUGCCUGAUCGAGAAUCCCACGUUUGACUCCCAGACCAAGGAGAACAUGACCCUCCAGAUGAAGAAGUUUGGCUCCAAAUGUGAGCUCAGUGACAAGUUCAACAACCAGGUACUCAAGUGCGGUGUGGUGGAGGCCGUCAUGUCCUGGGUCCAAUUCAAGGCCCAGAAGCAGCUUGGACAAAAGUGCUCGGCCAAGAAGCACUCCAAACUCAAGGGAAUCCCCAAACUAGAGGACGCCAACGACGCCGGCACCCGCAACUCGGUCGACUGCACCCUCAUCCUCACUGAGGGAGACUCGGCCAAAAGCUUGGCCGUGUCGGGACUGGCAGUGGUCGGCCGGGACAAGUUCGGCGUGUUUCCGCUCAAGGGCAAGAUCCUCAACGUCCGUGAGGCCACCCACAAGCAGAUCCUCGAGAAUGCCGAGAUCAACAAUGUCAUCAAGAUAAUGGGCCUGCAGGUACACUUGCGUGAUCCUGAUUUGGUCACUUACGCUAGGAUUAUCUUUUACCAUGAAAUCUCAUUGAUUCAGUUUAUUUAUUCGCCGUUGAUUUGGAAAAUCGGGUAAUUUCAACUCGCCCAC